AUGGCCGAAUCGAAUUCUCGCUAUCCUCAGCAGACAAUAUCACUGCACGAAAAUUGCGGCUUCGCGGUUGCUGUGGCUUGCAGCUCUCCUUUGCCAUUUAAUUCAUUUGAGCAGCUAUGGAUCAAUUUUGUCAACGAAAAGCUGCAGCAGUUUUUCAAUCACCACAUGUUCGUACUAGAACAAGAGGAAUAUGCUAGGGAGCACAUCGAAUGGACGUUUAUCGACUUUGGCCUCGAUCUUCAAGCUUGCAUCGAACUAAUUGAGAAACCUAUGGGUAUCAUAUCGAUGCUCGAUGAGGAAUGCAUCGUCCCGAAAGCAACCGAUAUGACACUGGCACAAAAACUCAACGAACAGCACUUGGGCAAACAUCCGAAUUUCGACAAACCAAAACCACCCAAAGGUUUCUACUAUUCACGAGAAACAAAUUCUGUUAAUGUUAUGGCAAAAUGA